AUGGUGCGUCAGCUCUACGAUGGCAUGGCGGCACGCAUCACGGGCAGUGGAACCGUCUUAGAGGUAUUCGCAGUGACCAACGGAGUGAAACAGGGCUGCGCCCUCGUGCCCACCAUCUUCACUCUCAUGUUCUCUGCCAUGCCAACGGACGCCUACCGUAAUUAACGCCCCGGCAUCCGCGUCGUCCAAAGGAUGGACGGCCAACUCUUCAAUCAGCGGUGAAUGCACUCCCAGUCGCGUGUAUCCACAACUACUGUUCAUGAACUUCUCUUCGCCGACGAUUGCGCUCUCAGCGCCACCUCUGAAGGGGACAUCCAAAGGAGCAUGGACCUCUUCGCCGUCUCUGACAGCUUCGACCUGGCCAUCACGGACAAGAUGGUGGUUAGGCAUCAACCACCACCCGACGCUGCCUAUAAUGUACCCCAAAUUAACGUGAACAGCGCACAACUUCAAGCCGUGCGCAACCUCACCUACCUGGGCAGUAGCGCCUCCUGCAACGCCAAAAUCGACGAUGAAGUGGCCCGCCGGAUUUCCAAUGCCAGCCAGGCCUUCAGUUGUCUGCAAAAUACCGUCUGGAACCGUCACGAUCUCCAUCUGAACACUAGACUGAAGAUGUAUAAAGCGGUCAUCCUGUCUACGCUGCUGAAUGGAGAGCAGACCUGGACAGUGUGCAAGAAAUAG